UUCAUGAAAUGGGGAUUAUAUUCCAAAUUCUUGUAGUCUACUUCUUGUUGUUGGUUAGCUGCUCAGCCAACAAAAGUGUUCCUGCUUUUUUCACUUUUGGCGAUUCCUUGGUUGAUGUGGGAAACAACAACUACCUUCAAACCGUAGCAAAGGCAAAUUAUUUUCCCUUUGGAAUUGAUUUUGGGAAACCAACCGGACGAUUUACAAAUGGGAGAAUAACUUUUGACAUUCUUCAACAGGAAUUGGGUUUCGUAAAUUUUACUCCUCCUUACUUGGCACCAACUACCGUUGGAGACGUUCUUCUACAGGGUGUCAAUUAUGCUUCCUCUGGCUCUGGAAUUUUAAAUUCUACUGGAUCUAUCUUUGGUGACCGAAUCAAUUUUGACACGCAAAUAAGUAACCAUGGAAGAACCGUGCGUGCUAUCAUGUCGAGGAUUGGCAUUCCUGCAGCUCAGAAAUUGUUGAGAAGAGCCAUCUAUGGGGUUGCAACUGGCUCUAACGAUAUAAUGGUCAAGGAGUCUGCACCUGCCAUGUCCGAAGAAGCUUUUUUGGAUUUAUUGAUUUCAAGACUCAAAUUAGCAUUCACUACACUCUACAACUUGAAUGCUAGAAAGAUCAUCGUCACCAACGCUGGACCUUGUGGGUGUAUUCCAUUUGAGAAAGAUAUACAUCCACUUCCAAAGGGAAGUUGUGUUCGUCUGAUAAAUCGUAUGGCUCAUACAUUUAACGACAAGUUGAAGGGCAUGCUUGCCGAGCUUAACAAAGAGCUUCAAGGGGCAAAGUUUAUUUACGUAGAUAUUUACCGAAUAUUACUAGAUCUCACACAAAAUUAUGUGUCAUAUGGCUUUGAGAAUGCAACUUCUGCAUGCUGCUCGUUUGCCGGGAGCCGAGGGGGACUGGUGCCAUGCAAUCCUUUAUCUAAAAUUUGUCCCGACAGAUCCAAGUAUGUAUUCUGGGAUCCGUAUCACUUAACAGACGCUGCUAAUGUUAUUGCAGUAAGGCAUAUGAUGGAUGGUGGCUUAAAUUAUAUGUCACCUAUGAAUUUUAGGCAACUUGUUCAGUCUUGAGCUAGCGUAGCAGUCCCUGAAUAAACUGCAAUGAGACGCCCAUGUUUGUUUUUCAAAACAUCAAGAUGGUUCUGUGAUGAAAUAGAUUUUGGAACCAAAUCCAAGCUAGCUAGCUAUUAUGGGUUUCGAGGAAUUUCAAGAGUGACGGAAUUUCACAUUUCAA